GUAGCUGUGUGAACGUGAAAAGGCUCAAAUGUAUCCUCUGCUGUAGUCUGUCAAAGAUAGUACUUGCUUCAGAAGGAUGCAUUCUCCUUCAUCAUAAAUAAUUUUCAAACCACAAAAAGUGAAAAAGAAAAAAAAAAAUGAAAUCUUCCUUCAAGUAACCGGUGAUUCCAUUGACACUGCUACUCUUAUAGCACUAGUGAUUGCACUUCACCUUUCUUCAGGAGUCAGAGUACUAAGUAAAGCUUGGAAUAUUAAGUUCUAUAUAACCUUUGGAGCAACUUGGUCAUUGGUAGCUGGAAACAUGAGAAACAAAAUGUGCCUUUUUCUGUUCCUGUUUUUUAUGGAAUGCUAUCUGGCCAUGGCAAGAGGAAUUGUGGUGCAACAAAAGUCAGAAGCUGCAAUCCCAGUGACAACAUUGUCACCACCUGAAGGCAACACUACAUUCAUUGAUGGCACAACUUGGUGUGUGGCUCUUGCUGGUGUUUCCCAAGCUGACUUGCAGAAUGCUCUUGAUUGGGCUUGUGGACUUGGAAUGGCAGAUUGCACAGCCAUCCAACAAGGUGGACGAUGUUUUGAACCAGACACACUAGUUUCUCAUGCAUCCUUUGCUUUCAACAGCUACUAUCAGAUAAAUGGCAAUUCUGAUAUUGCAUGCAAUUUUGGAGGAACUGCUGCCUUGACAAAGCAUAACCCCAGUUAUGGAAAAUGUGUCUAUUCUACAUCUGGAUCUUUAGUUGCUUCUGCGCCAGCUUCAUUGAGGAAGCAUAACCAAAACCUCGUUUGGUCGAAACUUGCUGCCUUGCUACUGCUUUCAUACUUUUGGAUGUGACUAUGGUCGGCCAAACCGAGGACAAAAGGAAAAGGGAAUUAGAGGAAGCAAAGGAAUACUAAAGUGUUCCAAGAUCAAAAGUGGAGCAAGGAGGAUGGUAUGAUCUGGUUACAUAAGUGGAGCUGCUUGGAAUCAUGCUACCAAGAACCAAGAGAAAAUUAUCAAGAAUAGCUCCAACAAUGUUCAAGUUAAUAAAUUUGGAGUUCAUCCCAAGGAAAUUAGUUUAUUCUCAAUUGCGAUAGUGCUAGAUCUUGAGCUUAUAUCAUGUGGUGGUCUUCUCAUAAAUGAUGCUGGUGAUUUUAUGACCGGCUUUGCUUGUAAUUUAGGAGUGAGUUUAGUUCUUCAAACAGAGUUAUGAGUCAUCUUCCAUGACAUUCAACUUGCUAGAGAACAACAUAUUCUGCAAGUAGGAUGUCAAUCUAACUCAACAAAAGCUAUACAUCUUAUCCUUGAUGGGUGCAAUGAAAGAUCAUGUCUUGUUUCAGAUUUGUUGAACUAUAAAGAGCAACAUUGAGCCUCCAAUGGUGGUGUCUUUCAAGCACAUUUCCAUAAAAUGUAAUGCAUCAACUGAUGUCUUUGCUAAACAUGCUCUCAGUUUGUCUUAGGGGUUGGUUUUUUUU